CGGGAAGGGGGCGGGGCUCGGCGCCCCUCCCCGCUCCAAUGGCGGCGGCCGCGGCGCAGGCGCGGUAGGAGCGCGGGGCGCUGGCGGGGUGGCUGCGGGAGAAGCGCCAGAAUGAAAGAUAUGGACAAUAUCAAAACUGUGAAGGAAGAAUGGAUGUGUAAGUCAAGAACCGAUGAUCAGAUUUUGAAUGGUACAGAACAAAACCGAGACUAUUUUGUAGAUAACCUUUUUGAAGAAGCUCAAAAGAUUGGUGCAAUAUGUAUGUCCCCAACUACAGUCAAGAACCAGGUUGAUGUAAUCAUUAAACUUUGGAAAAACGGGUUUACAGUAAACGACGGUGAACUUAGGAGCUAUGCUGAUGUUGCAAGCCAACAGUUCUUGGACUCCAUUAAGAAAGGGGAACUGCCUUUCGAGCUACGAAAAGUUUUUGAAAAGGAGGAGGUUGAUGUGAAGGUGGAAGACAAAAAAGAUGAGGUGUAUUUGUCAUCAAAAAAGCGAGUGUUUCAUCCCUUCUCUGGACAUGGUUACAGAUUAGGAAGUGCUACUCCAAGGAUAAUCUCUAAAGUAAGAGAGGAUCAUCAAGCAGCUGGUGACAAAAGACCCCUUCCUGUAGUACCCUUAAAUGAUUUGGAGCCCAUCACCAACAUCCAGAUCUGGUUAGCUGAUGGGGAGAGGAUAAUUCAGAAAUUCAAUGUUUCACACAGAAUAAGCCAUGUCAGAGACUUCAUAACAAAGUAUCAAGGAUCAGAGCGAAGGGUUCCCUUCACACUGACUACUUCACUGCCAUUUCGAGAGCUCCAAGAUGAGACACUCACACUACAGGAAGCCAAGUUGCAAAAUGCUGUAGUUGUUCAGAGACUUCGGAAAACAACUGAACCUUUCAGGCUCCCAAAAACACCUGAAAAUGACUGUAAAACUGCUGCUAUGUCUAAUGGACAGCUCAAGAAUGAGCAUAAAAACACUAUCAAAAGCACGAGAUCAAAUUAGCUUAUAACUGGCCAAAAACUUUGCACAGGCAGAACUAGACAAAACCAAAAGCGUAGUCAGCAAUAUCUGGAUGCACUAUCAUCCUUCUUUAGUGUGCUCUUAGAGAGCAGAAUGCCUGUUGUGCUAUAAUCUGCUGUAACAGAAGUAUUGUCAACUAAGUUUGGUCAAAGCCUGGCUAUAUAAUAUAGCAGAGGUAACUACAACAGGGAUUAUCUUUAGAAUUUCUCUAGGUAGAAAGCUUUGCUCGCCUGUUCUUUAAUGAGUAUGCUUAGGUGGAACGGUACUCUGAGACUUAAUUAGUACUGAUAGCACCUUUUAAGGAAAAACAUUAUUUAUUUUUGCACUUUGAACUAAAGAGAAACUGAACUGAGUGAUUUUGUGUAAAUUGCUCCAGUUCUUUCUAGUAACAUUUAGGCAACAGAUGCUGCAGGGAAGCUCACCUUUGAACUCCUAUGGAAUUUGAAAGUCUUUCAAUAUAGGUACCUUUAGUAUUUUAUCACAAGAUCUGCAGUGUGAAUGUUCUAUCAAGUCUUCACAUGGUGGGUGCAGGUGUAAGCAGAUAGUAAUGAGGUAGUCUGGUGCAUAUUGCAUAUGAAGUGCCUCAAAGUAAGCUCUGAAGGAAUCAUCAUGGAAUCACAGAACUGUUAUUAUUAAUGGUUGAAGUGGUUUCUGCCUCUAAUGUUCUCCUACGGGUUUUGAUUUAUUACAGAUAAUGUGAUGGUAAACUACCUAGCUCACUAGGAUAGAUAUCCUCUUUUAGCCUUGUCACAGAGAAACUUCAAUUUUUUCUGGAGUUUACCAUGCAGCUUUAGUGGCUUAGAAGGACACAAUUGUCUUUGUACUACAUAUCUGCCUCUCCUGAGUUGGCCUUCUGAUUGAGGCAUUAACUGCACGUGGCCAAGUUCAAAGAUGUUUAAAACCCUUAUUUGAAAACUGAGGUUUCUUCUCCUAUCCCUCCAUCCCCUUUCCAUCCAAAAUUUAUAUUUUGUCCUUUCUGUAUUUUUGACAUAAGAUUUAUACCCAACAAUUUUAUGUUUUUCUAAAGGAGAAAUUAACAUAAGGACUACAUCUUUUGUACUGUGUGUGUUAAGUAGCACAUGGGUUUGUGAGUGGAACUAGAGUCUCUAGGUAAAGACUUAUCCAGGGGCCUUCAAUAAGUGCUGAUUGGUUUGUGCUGCCUACACAAAUGGAUGAUCAUCACAUUUGUAAUUCUUUUGCAUGGUUAAAUGAAAGAUAAGUUUGGAUUUUACCACUUUUGUUUUAAAUAGAAAAUUAUUUAAUUGGCGUGA